AUGGCCGAUUCUAAUAAUGCUUGGGAGGGCAACGAGGAAACUCAAAAUGAUCCUGAUGAGAAGAGAGUGCUUCAUCAAGCCUUGGAUUCUUUCUACCACUACCAAAAGACCGCUCACUACAACACCACUCAUCUACGAAGACAAGCCUUCUACGCCUUACCUCGAGCUCACUGGGAACUUCUCGCAUCACCACCCAUUAAUUACCUAGAUACCUUAAUAGCCGUCGACGACGCUAUAGAUCAAAAUGCCGAACUCUCAGAAGCCAUCUUAUCAGCGGCCCUCCCAUCCUUCAAUCUUCCCUAUCCCUCUUCAAACUUCAACCCUUCCACCAAAUCUCCCGAUGAUUUCCGAGGUACAGCAACCUCAGGUGAUCUCGAAAAGGCCCGAAGUACCCUCCGGCAAAUGUAUCGAGACUGGUCUUCCGAAGGAGCAGUCGAACGCGAAGCAUCCUACCGCCCUGUAAUCCGCGCCCUCCAAGACGAAAAAGCUAGAUCCUCUCCCCUCAAACGCAAUAUGCGCGUCCUAGUUCCAGGCGCAGGUCUUGGACGUCUAGUAUUUGAUCUUUGUAUGCAAGGGUUCGACGUCGAAGGCAAUGAAAUUAGUUAUCAUCAACUUCUUGCCAGCGCCUAUAUUCUCAAUUUCUGUCCCCAAAAGGAAAAUCAUACUAUUUUCCCUUGGGUUCAUUCCUUCUCCAAUCACAAAACUCGAAGCAAUCAUCUCCGAUCCGUCAAAAUCCCAGAUGUUCACCCAGGAGAUGCGUUAAACUCCAACCCACAAGCAGGAGAAAUGACAAUGAGUGCCUCCGAUUUCCUCCUCUUAUAUGGUGAUGAAGAACGUGCCGAAUCUUUCGACGCAGUAGCCGCUGUCUUCUUCCUUGAUACAGCUCCAAACAUCAUCCGCUAUCUCGAAGCUAUUCGCAACUGCCUCAAACCUGGCGGCAUACUCAUAAAUAUGGGACCACUCCUCUGGCAUUUUGAAAACAAUCCUCCUGGUUCCUCUACCCCUCCAUCAUCAAAACAACCUAGCGAUCAGAUUCAGGAUCAUGGUAUUGCCGAUCCUGGAAGCAUCGAACUUACAAACUCAGAAGUACUGCUUCUACUUCCUAAAUUGGGGUUUGAGGUCCUUACUUCCUCGACUGAUUUAAGAGCGCCCUACAUUCAAGACCCAGAUUCCAUGCUACAAAAUACUUAUUCGGCUAGUUUUUGGGUGGCGAGGAAGAGCGAGGAGAGAGGAAAUUCGAAUCAUGGACAUGCACAGCCACGCGAUAAUGGUAUGCAAGAAGGAAAACAUGAACAUGGUAUCCCAGCCAUAAUUCGAGAAGAGGACGAAGAAGGAAUUGAAGAAGCACCGGCAGGCUGGGUAUAG